AUGGAUCGCUAUAAAGAAUGCGAACGUGUUUUGAAAACAGCGGCCAUACAGCAGUGUAAGGAACGCGGAAAUCUCAUAAGGCAAGAUUUUGUUAACAUCGCUACCGUUACGGCGGAAGAUGUCACACCAGUGAACGAUGCCGGCCAGCUCGUUAGGCAAAUAUUUUCCGAAGGGGCCGCGGUGGACACAGCAGUGUUGAGAGGAGCCUGCAGCAUUCUGCUUGACACCCUGACUCUCAUAAAACGCAGUAAGGAGCAGUCUACAAGCCACGAGAACACUAACUUUGACAAUAAAAGGUCAUUGGCAUUCGUCUCAGAGGCUAUCAAGAAGCAGCAAUUCCAAGAGAACAGCGUUUCUGCAAACCUAUGCCAUAUAGUGGAUCAAAACAGGCGUUCCUGCUUCGCAGAUCGCAAUGAUGGGGCUGUGUUCGAUGAUUUUGAUGACGGAUUCUACGAGCUGAAUGUACUUCAGGAUGAUGUUGUGGAAUCGUCAAGCGAUGCCAGCGCCCCCGAUGACGAUCAGGAGGUGAUGAACACGUACAUAACGUCGUAUAAGAACCGAUACGGCAAUCAAGGCCUCACUGUGCUUUCGGACAACGGUGCAGUGAAGAAAACGCAACACGUGGGGAUAAGCACCGAUGACGAUAAUGCGAAAAUCCCAAGAAACCUGCAUAUGCAACACAUAUUCGGUAUAACUGGUCAGGCACGUAUGGAUAUUGGCUUUAAUGCGUUUGAGCCGUACUAUGAGCACGGAAUUCCCCCAAAUCCUUCUGUGAGAGAGAAUGGUGUGACGCACUACGUCGGUGGGAUGUAUCCCCCCCUUCACACGUACUACUCGAAGGAUAAUAAGGGCAGAGCGCCCGUAUUGGGUUUGAUUUCUCAAAAUUGCCUGAGGAGAACCUUUUCCAAACAGAAGCCAAACCUUGCAGAUCGACUGCUGCAACAAAGUAAACAGAGCAAAUCCGGCUCUGCCCCUUUUGCACUGCUGGCUAGAGAUACAAAAUGCAAUAAUAACGGCAAGAACGCACUGUUGAUAAACGAAACAGUUCUGAGACAUCACUCAUCACCGCUUGUUUCUACGACCGAGCACAUCGCAUUCAUAGGGAAGGAGAGCAUCAGAACCUUUAAAUGCAACAAUUACACCGCCAGAAUAGUCCCAAGUAUUGUGUCACAACAGCGCGAGGCGUGUUCCUCGCUAUUUACCUCGGAGGUUUCACAAGGGCGCAUGCUAUCGAGAAUGGUCCAAAAACUAAUGCGCUACGAAUAUGUUCAGAGCGGUACAGCAGCAAUGUGGCGCAGCUCUACUGAUGCGAUUUCAAAGGCAAUAUCAAACAUCGAAUGGGGGUGCCUCUGGCAGGACUGGAAUUAUUUCUCCGGAGGGCUUUUAACUGAAAUUGAUAUGCAGCGUGUCAAAGAUCAUAUUAGGCUUUUGACUGAACAUGGCAUCGCUGACACGGCAACAAUUCUCAGGAACGUGUGCAGCGAGUUUGCCGCUCACUUGCGCAAAACCAAAGAGAAUCUACAGGGGACAUCGGAUGUCACAGAAAUCGUGCCGCAACUUGUGUCCACAUAUAUCGCAAAGGUCCUCACUGUGUUCAAUGAGCACUAUCGCGAUUUGAGAAAUAGCAUUUACAUGGACCUUAAGUCUAUCAACAACAGAGGAUUCCAACAGACAGUCACAUCCAUUCUGGAGGCCAAAAGAAUUGACGACGGACUAAAAGGAGGCCCACAAAUAAAGGAGCCGAUACUAUACGUAGACAGGGAUGUUGAGACUAAGAUGAGGCUCGAGCUACUACCGACGCACCGAGCCGAAGCUGCGGAUCUUCUGUAUUUGACCAGUGUAGACCAAAUCAUCGGUGAAGAUCUUAUGGAAGACCCCAAUUUGUCAGGAGAGCCUUUCUUGAAUAUGUUGUCGCUUCCCCAACAUCCUGAAGUCAACGCGAGGCAACUCAACAUGACGAGCACAGCGUUGGACUUAUGCAAGAAAUGUUUCGAAGGGUACAAGAACGGCAGUUUUGGUUUAGAAAAAACCAAAGCUGCGAAGGGCCUUACGGUGCUCAACGCGCUAGUGACGUUGCUAAAGAAUUACGAAAAACAAUUUUCUGGAGCCAGGAAUCUACGGGACUUUCUGGGAACGGCACACCGGUAA